CUUUUGGUUCAAGUAAUGGCCUAGUACAUCUAAAAAAAGCGCCCACUUCGAAUCGGAAAUUAUUCCAAUUUGGAGUGAUUUAGGGUUAAAAUGAGAAUUUUGGCAGUGAGAUGUACAUGAUCCUAAUAACAGAUGCUGUUCUUAAUUUGAUUUCACAAAUUUCGUUCAGUCAUGGGGUCUGUCACACAGUUUGCGUUUGGCGCGGCGGUCGGUGUUGCUCUUUUCAUGGGAGCGAACACAGCUAGACGGUUCUUUUUCCUUCCAAGAACCACAAACCAGACAGAAAGGAGAAAUUCAGCCGACGAUCCUUUGCCAAGAUCUUUGGAACACAUGCAUUCGAUACAAAGUGCAGUGACCCCGGUGCGUAAUUUAUCUGAUACUUCUGAGGCGGAAGGAAAUGCUGUCAUUGACGAUACAGAAAUAAAACUGGAAGGACAACAUCUAUUGAACCUUUUGUUCAACAUUGCGGAAGAUCAGGCCAGAAGAGAAGGGUACAUUCACCGUGGAAUUACCUGUAACUCUUGCCAAGCAAGUCCGAUUUGUGGAAUACGAUAUAAAUGUUCUAGUUGUGUUGAUUAUGAUGUGUGCGAGCGUUGUGAAGCGAGAGAUGAUCAUAACAAAACUCAUCUGUUUCUGAAGAUCAGAAUUCCAAUGCCUCCUCUCACAAAUCCUAGAGCACCUUGCAUUAAACCUCUCUACCCAGGUAAGAAUAAAGAAAAUAACUAUCCUUUAUAUCGAUGAUUUUUUGAGUGUUCUUGGAAAAUUUUUUUAAAUAUGAAAAAAAAAUUUUCUUUUAUUUGUUGAUAACGUAUCCAAGGAACAUUUUGAGCUUUAGUUACAUUUUUUCUGUCAAUGAUCUUUCGAAAUCUCCAGCCACGAGGACUGCCAAUGCUCUACUUAAAAUCCCACUGGCCUGCAAAUUAACAGCAAUGUGCCUUAAAUUGAGUAACACAAAUAACUCAGGAAUUAUUUCAAAGUGUGUUUUCACUAGGGUCAAAGUAGUUACGUAUAGUGAAUGACAUAUUUUUAAUAAAUUUGAUUGUGCAAUUACCUAUAACUUCGUGAUAACGAUAUUCUUCAAGUAACUUAAAAGUGUAUAAGGAAAAACUGAUGAUGGCUUGAGUCAUGCAGAUCUAUGUCUAUAAAAAGUUUCUUUGUGCCUAAAAAUUUAAUUUGAUUAAAUUGUGCUAUUGUAUUUUCUUAUAUUUUUCAUCUGCAAGAGAUUUGUUGUAGACCUGUUUUUAAACCAAAUGGGGCAGCUAGUGAAAAGAAAUAAUAUGUAGGUCACAGACAGAAAAUAUUUUCUGAACUACAAAUAUUCUGAAAUUAAUGUUGUUUUGCUUUUCAGGUAUCAAGGAUCAUCCCUGUGACUUGUCUUGGGAUGACAUUCAAAGUCUCCGUGAGCAAACUUACUUUGAUCAAUCAGAGAUAGAAGCACUUGUUGAACAGUUCAAAACUCUGGCCACUAAGAAAGAGGGAAUUACUCGUGAGGUGUUUGACAAAUGUUUAGGACCCUUGGGACAACACAAGAAUCUUGUCAUGGAUCAGAUGUUUAAAUUUUAUGAUCAAAAUGAUGAUGGUAUCAUUGACAUUGAUGAGUUUGUCAUUGGUUUGUCCAUUCUUGUGAAAGGAAGUGAGAAAGAGAAGAUUUCUUAUGCUUUUGCUGGCUGUGACAUUGAAAAGAAAGAGUACAUUUCUAAAGAGAACCUUAGAAACAUGUUCAAAGCAUACUUUGAAAUAAGCCUUGAACUUGUUCGUGAUGUUGUGAGAUCAUGUGAAGAAGAAAUGAUGGCAUCUUUUGAUGACUCAGGUGACAAGCCAGUAUCUGCAAUAUUUAAUGCUCCUAUUCCUAGUGAUGCAGGGCCAUCCACAGCAAAUGGUAAACCAGUGAUGUUAAUGAACAACCCAGGGAGUAGCACGAGUGCAAAAGGAGUUGAUGGCAGGUCACCGAUAAUGGAGGCUAUGUCACAAGAUGCCAUAGAUGAAAUGGUGAACAAUGUGUUCCAUUGUGCAGAUAAAGACAAAGAUGGCAAGAUUUCUUUUGAAGAAUUUGAAGCAUGGGCAACAAAUGAUAAUACUAUCCUUGCAUGGUUUGAGGCUCUUGGUACAAUUUUUUAGCUCUCAAACUACAGUUGUCAUCUGUUGUAUUUUAAUUUUGUUAAAAGUGUCUGUUCCUCUGAGUUCAUUUAUUUAUUAAAAUUUCAUUUAUAUAUUAAAAUUAUAGACAGUGUUACAGUCUGUUUGUUUUUGUGAUCUUGUUCCACUUAGUUGACCCAAAUUUAGAGUUAAGGUCAAGUGUUAUGAACAUUUUUUGGGUGAAAUCCAACAAUCAAAAAGUUUUGAAAAAAAUAAAAAACUGUAGUUUGCUCUUCACCUCAAAAGUCAUGUAACAUUUUAUUGUUUUACUGUCAUUGGACAUGAUUUUUUGGGCUUGAAUCAUCAGAAAGGGGACUAUUGUAGCUAAAACAUGUCUUCAGAGGUUUUUUAGCCUUUGUUAGAGCCAGCUAAUAUAUGUUAUAUUGACUAGUUUGUGUUUUUUUUCAUUUGGAGUGUAUUUAGUUGAUUGUGAAAUUGAUAAUACUUUUGUUUGAAAAGAGCAAAGUAUUUUUUUGUAGUGUGUUUAUGCUCAGAGAUGAUUUUUAAGGCUUUCUUUUUUACUCUAAUAGCAU